AUUUUUUUUAUUUCCGCCAUGCGAUUUUAUACUUUUGAGGUUAGUACACAACAAAUCUCUCUGAAUCAGCCUCAAAAUGUUGAAAAUUACUAAGUUUCUCGUAAAAAACAGCGUGAAUUCAACACCGUCCAAAAGUUAUUCUAUAGCUGCAGUUGCCCAACGAAAAAUCGACAUAUUCCGGACGAAUGAACAAAAUCCAUUGAAGCAUAACCCAUCUCAAAGUGCACAGUUUUACAAAAUUGAUCCUGAGGUACGAAAACAACUGUUUCAGCAUGGAGGCAUUCCCAAAUCCUUUGACAUUCAGACAAAAACAUUUGCUGAAACAUGCCUGAUGAUCAGAGAACCAGCUCUGGAUGUUAUAAACUGCAUGAAUAGAAUUGAUUACAGCAAACCACCAGUCAAGUUUGUUUUGUAUGGUGAUAAAGGUGUAGGAAAAUCACUCACUCUUGCACAUUUAAUUCACCAUGCCUAUGAAAGUGGACACUUUGUUGUUCAUGUACCUUGGGUAGGACAAUGGAUGAGGUCUUGCAAAGAAUAUAGUAAUUCAGAAAGCAAAGAAGGAUAUGUGGAUUUAAAUAUUGAUGCUGCAGCCUGGCUGCAUCACAUUAAGGUACAAAAUGCUCACUUUUUAAGUAAACCAGAGUUUGUUACAUCACAAACAUAUCAAUGGAGUAAAAGAGAAGCAACUGAAAAGGGUGCUUCAUUGGUGGAACUAAUUGAUCAUGGAAUUAAUAGGAUAAAAUAUGCAUGUGACACAAUCACUGCACUUGCUGAGGAAAUUAAAGUCUUGUCCAAAAGUGGUGUUUGUAAAACUUUUGUUGCUAUUGAUGGGUACAAUGCAUUUUUCUACCCAUAUACUAGAGUAUUCACUGAGAAGAAGGAAAGGGUGGCACCUGCUAAAAUUACAAUAACUGAAGGCUUCCUGAAUUUAACAAAAACCGACUGGAAUAAUGCUGUUUGUGUACUGACUGUGGAUGAGAUUGCAAUUGCUGAGGAAGAUCACAAGUCACCUCUACCCAGAUAUCUGUUGGGAAAGGAGGGCUUUGAACAUCUUGACCCAUUUGUACCUAUUCAAGUGACAAGCUAUAAUCCCAAAGAGUUUGUAAGUUGCAUGGAAUAUUAUAGAGAAAGAAAGUGGGUGCAACCAGUUGCAGGAAUGGAUGAAGAAUUGGCGUUUAUAAGUGGUUCAAAUCCUUAUAAAUUAAUGAAUUUGUGUGCACCAUUGUAAAUAUUUCAUAGCAUUUGUAAGUUCAUACAAUAAAGUGUUAUAACUUUA